GACCUAAACAGAUGGGAGCAGGAGCUUUUGUCCACAGAAGGCUGUCAGUGUUCAUGAAGAUAGACAGUGGACGCGUUUCACCAAAGACCAAACAACAAUAGCAGGAGGAAGCUGACACGUUUCCCAGCCGGACCGCUCGCCUGUUUGUUGUCUGAGAGCCGAAAGACCGUCUUGACAAGAGGACAAUAGUGUGGGGCUUUAGGCUGGAGGCUGCAGGGAGGCUGCAGCCUGGAGGUUUAACCGUCAGCGCUCCUUGUUAAUAAAAGCAGGUUCUCUAACAGUUCAUCAGGGAGAAGAUCCGCUUUGUGCCGUCUAUCCGCUUCACCUGGUCUGCAGUCACAAUGCCCGGCUACGACUAUAAGUUCCUGGAGAAGCCCAAGAGGCGCUUUCAGUGUCCGCUGUGCAGUAAAGCCAUGAGGGAACCGGUGCAGGUGUCGACCUGCGGCCACAGAUUCUGCGACACCUGCCUGCAGGAGUUCCUCAGUGAGGGGGUGUUCAAGUGCCCCGAGGACCAGCUCCCCCUGGACUACGCCAAGAUCUACCCUGACCCCGAGCUGGAGCAGCAGAUCCUGGCUCUAGCUAUCCGCUGCAUCCACAGUGAGGAAGGCUGUCGCUGGACUGGUCAGAUGAAGCAGCUGCAGAGCCAUUUCUCUACCUGUGCAUUCAACGUGAUCCCGUGCCCUAAUCGCUGCAGCGUCAAGCUGACACGCCGAGACCUGCCCGAGCACCUGCAGCACGACUGCCCCAAGCGCAAGGUCAAGUGCGAGUUCUGCGGCAGCGAGUUCACUGGCGAGGCCUUCGAGAAUCACCAAGGCAUUUGUCCCCAGGAGAGUGUGUAUUGUGAGAACAAGUGUGGAGCGAGGAUGAUGAGGAGACUCCUAGCCCAGCACACCAUGUCAGAGUGUCCCAAACGCACACAGCCAUGCAAGUACUGCGGCAAAGAGUUCGUCUACGACACCAUCCAGAAUCAUCAGUAUCACUGCCCACGUUUCCCAGUCCAGUGCCCGAACCAGUGUGGUGCCCCCAACAUCGCCCGUGAAGAUCUCGCAACCCAUGUAAAGGAAAGCUGCGGCAGUGCUUUAGUGCUCUGUCCCUUUAAAGAAGCUGGAUGCAAGCAUCGAUGCCCAAAGCUGGUGAUUGGCCGACACCUGGAGGAAACCACCAAGUCCCACCUGACCAUGAUGUGCAACCUGGUAGGCCGUCAGCGGCAAGAGAUCGCAGAGCUGCGGCGAGAUCUAGAGGAGCUCUCAGUGAGCCAUGAUGGUGUACUCAUCUGGAAACUGAACGACUAUUCACGCAAGUUGCAGGAGGCCAAAAUGCACAGCAACCAUGAGUUCUUCAGUCCACCCUUUUACACACACCGCUAUGGCUAUAAGCUGCAGACAUCCGCUUUCCUCAACGGCAACGGGAGCGGCGAAGGCUCACAUCUCUCCGUCUACAUCCGUGUGCUGCCUGGCGAAUACGACAACCUUCUCGAGUGGCCCUUUUCCUACAAGGUCACUUUCUCCAUUAUGGACCAGAGUGAUCCAUCACUCUCCAAACCACAGCACAUCACUGAGACGUUCAACCCGGACCCAAACUGGAAGAACUUCCAGAAACCCAGUGGCAGCCGCAGCUCACUGGACGAGAGCGCGCUAGGCUUUGGCUACCCCAAGUUCGUCUCGCACGAGGAGAUCCGCAAGAGGAACUACAUCCGUGACAAUGCUAUCUUCCUGAAGGCCUCUAUUGAGAUCCCACAAAAGAUCAUGGCUUGAAGGCUGAAGGCUUUGAAACCUUGGACCAACACAUUACUGACUUUAUGUGUAGACCUCCUGAUGUUCCUCCACCUGAAGCACGCUGAAGGACAAACCUUUAGAUUUAGAGUCUGUCCGAUCUGGUGAAGCUUAGGAAAGUUCUUGUUUUGCUCCACAAAACCAGCAUGUUAUUUUUGUUUUUUUAUAAGUCUGGUUUUCAGUGCUUUUUCCUUGCAACACAAGCCUCUGGACUUUCAACAGUGCCUAGAAAUUUUCGGUUAAAGUUUUGUUUAAAAAUGUGAUUUAAGACACCUUAUAGUGGGGUGUAAAAGGUCGUACAGUAUGUAGCCUUUGCACUUUGAGAAUGUUUGAAUGCUCUGUUGGAAACAAUGCACCACUGUUCAAAAUACACCGCAGGUGACAAAACUCGUGGGGUCUGGCGUAGGAAUUCCGUGUACAUCUUGCCUUUUGUUUACACACUCUGUCCCGUUCAACAGAAACUCAGCAGCAGGGCCAGUGACACACAGUUUUCUUAUUUACAUAGUUUGUAGUUAACUAACAGCAGCUGUGAAGUGAACAUGCCUGACUUGGUUAUCUGCUGUCUUUCGAGGUCUUUCCAGUCUCAGCUUUUAGUUUAGUACAUUGUAAUUUUACUCUUAAGAGAAUUGUGAUGCGCUGCAAUUGUGAUAUCUUCUUGAGUUUAAGGAGAAUGCAUUGAUGGAAGAACUUGUUUACAUGCUAGUGUUGGAAGAAGGGACGGUGUACUAAAAACUAACAGUGAACGUUUUAACAUCGCAUACUGCAUACUAUGUACUGUAACCUGCAUUUAUGAAACCUCUGUCGAUUGAGAAUUUUUUUUUUUUUUCAAAGAGCAGACCAUCAUGUGGAAACUAAAUUCACUCAUGUGAAUGAAGUGUGAGGAAAAACUGAUCUAAAAGCUAAUGUGUUCUAAAACUGGAGAUGGGACCUCCAGAUAUUCUGCUCUUCUCUUUGUCUAACUCUGCUGGUCACUGGCAGCUGAGAGAGAGUACAAGGGACUCCAAAGUAUGUCGGUGCCUCAAAUGGAUGGGCGCUCCCAUUUUGCCUUUGCAGCUUGCAAAUAUCUGAGGAAGAUAAGCUUUGAUAAGGUUCUCAGACUGCAGACCAGGAGGGGUUAGUCCGUAAUAUGUGAAGACUUAUGAAAGACAUACGAAUGCACGUUUGUACAUUCGCUUUCUUCUCUUCCUGCUCUUCAUAAAAAGUCCUGAUUAUACCACACUAUUAUACCAGCUAAUGUUGUCAAAAUAACAUUGAGAAAAUGUGGGGAAAAUUUUUUGCAAGAUUCUGUAUUUUACAAUGUAUUUCAAAACAUUUUAUACAACACUUUUGGAGUGACAGACAAGGGAGCUGUUCUUGGACAUUUUCUGACCCUUGCUUCCUUCCUUCCUUCCUUCCUUCUUUCUUUUCUUUCAAUUUCUCUGAAAUGUGCACCGUUGUUUUUCGGUCUGCAUCUGAUUUAUUUUUUUGUUGUCGUGUAUUCUGUAUUUGUCUGUACUUUAAGUUCUAAAAAAGUAUUUAUUUUAAGCCAUUGCAUAGGCUUGUUAUGCAUACUGGUGCAAAUGUUUUAUAUGUUAAUGAUUGCUUGUCAUUUUCCCCUUGAAAUAAAAUGAUGACUGUGUGUG